AUGGGAGGACCUAAUGAUGGUUAUUCGAACGUUCGCAUCCCUAAUGAAAUGUUGUUACCAGCUAAUGGUAAUGACAUAGCCACAAUUGUUGAUAGUAUAUUUCCAUUGUUCAAGGAAGGCGGUUGUCAGCAACAAUACAUAUCAAAUAGGGCAAUUUUGGCACCUACACUAGACGUUGUCAAUGCAAUCAAUGAGUACAUGACUGAUACACUAGACGUUGUCAAUGCAAUCAAUGAGUACAUGACUGAUUUGCAUGUUGCGGAAAGCAAGAUCAAUGAGUACAUGACUGAUUUGCAUGUUGCGGAAAGCAAGACAUAUCUAAGUUGCGAUACUGUGUGCAAAGCUGAUUCUGGCAAUUAUCUAAGUUGCGAUACUGUGUGCAAAGCUGAUUCUGGCAAUGGUAUCCUCGCUGAUAUGCACACUCCUGAGUUCCUAAAUGGCUUGAAAGCAUCUGACAUACUUAACCAUGCUUUAAUUUUAAAGGUGAGAUCUCUGGUUAUGUUGUUAAGAAACAUAGAUCACUCGAUGGGUCUAUGUAAUGGUACAAGACUUAUCAUCACCAGAUUAUCUGAUCAUGUUGUGGAGGCAAAGAUUGUUUCAGGGAAUAAUGCAGGCCAAAUUGUCUUGAUACCAAGAAUGUCAAUGACCCCAACUGAUACAAGAUUACCUUUUAAAUUUCAAAGAAGACAAUUUCCUUUGAUGCUAUCAUACGCAAUGACUAUCAACAAAAGUCAAGGGCAAACAUUGACACAUGUUGGCUUACUAUUAAGGAAACCGGUCUUUGUUCAUGGUCAACUAUACGUGGCUGCUUCAAGGAUUAGCAACCCUAAAGGUCUACGAUUGUUGAUAGCAAAUGAAGGUACUAAGAGUAUUAACUAUACUACAAAUGUUGUGUACCAUGAAGUUUUUAAUAAUUUGUAA